UCCGGUGUGGCUGUGACGUCACCGUUCCCAUUCCGUUCUCUGUGGCUGAUGACAGUUUAACUGUUUGUUUACAUUCGUUUUUUGUCCUGUGAGGAAACAAUAUUAACAUUCGGUAUUUUCUACUCAGUCGUUACGAAGCUAAAAGGAAUAAAAAGCACAGUCUAAACUGGAGGGAAAAACGUGUAAAAGCGUGAGAUGAAAUGACAACGUCAACAUUACAGAAAGCCAUCGAUCUGGUCACCAAAGCCACAGAGGAGGACAAGGCCAAGAAUUAUGAGGAGGCUCUGAGACUGUACCAGCACGCUGUGGAAUAUUUCCUACAUGCCAUCAAGUAUGAGGCUCACAGUGAUAAAGCGAAGGAAAGUAUUAGGGGAAAGUGUAUGCAAUACCUGGAACGGGCAGAGAAGCUGAAGGCCUACCUAAGAAACAAGGACAAACAGGGAAAGAAGCCUGUGAAGGAGACACAGAGCAAUGACAAGAGCGACAGUGAUAGUGAAGGCGAGAACCCAGAGAAGAAGAAACUGCAGGAACACCUGAUGGGUGCUAUAGUGAUUGAGAAGCCAAAUGUGAGCUGGAAUGAUGUAGCUGGACUGGAGGGAGCUAAAGAGGCACUGAAGGAAGCCGUAAUCCUGCCAAUCAAAUUCCCACAUCUCUUCACAGGUAAACGGACUCCAUGGAGAGGGAUCUUGCUGUUCGGACCUCCAGGUACAGGAAAGUCCUACCUGGCUAAAGCUGUUGCUACCGAGGCUAACAACUCCACCUUCUUUUCUGUUUCCUCAUCUGACCUCGUGUCCAAAUGGCUGGGGGAGAGUGAGAAAUUGGUGAGAAAUCUUUUUGAGCUUGCUCGUCAGCGUAAACCCUCCAUCAUCUUCAUUGACGAGGUGGACUCUCUGUGCGGCUCACGAAGUGAAAACGAGAGUGAAGCAGCUCGCAGGAUCAAGACUGAGUUCCUUGUUCAGAUGCAGGGUGUGGGGAAUAAUAACGACAAAGUCUUGGUUCUUGGGGCUACUAACAUCCCCUGGGUUCUAGAUGCUGCCAUCAGGAGAAGGUUUGAGAAACGAAUCUACAUCCCCCUACCAGAGGAGCCGGCUCGGGCUGCCAUGUUCCGCCUACAUUUAGGGAACACACCCCACAGCCUGAGUGAAGCUGACCUGCGCCAACUCGCAAACAAGACUGACGGCUACUCCGGUGCUGACAUCAGCGUCAUUGUCAGAGAUGCUCUCAUGCAGCCUGUACGCAAAGUGCAGUCUGCCACACACUUCAAGAAGGUACGAGGUCCAUCCCGUAGUAACCCCUCGGUGAUGGUGGAUGACCUGUUGACGCCAUGUUCCCCUGGUGACCCUGCUGCUAUCGAGAUGACCUGGAUGGAUGUGCCUGGGGACAAACUGCUGGAGCCCAUAGUGUGUAUGGCUGACAUGCUGCGCUCUCUGUCCACCACUCGGCCCACAGUGAACUCUGAAGAUCUGCUGAAGGUAAAGAGGUUCACUGAGGACUUCGGGCAGGAAGGCUAAGGAUCAGCAAAUACCUGCCCAUCAGUCACACACAAACUGCCCCAUGGACUGGGCCCUGCAUUCUACCACCCUAAUAUGCCACUGUAUAGCUGGACUUCCUGUGUGCAGUGUUAAAAUGAAGGAGCGUUUACUUUUGCACAGUGUGUGUGUGUGUGUGUGUGUGUGUGUGUGUGUGUGUGUGUGUGUGUGUGUGUGUGUGUGUGUGGGACCCUAGCUCUUAGUGUAUGUGGACUUACUGUGUGUAUUUAUUUAUAUGUGUAAACUAUCUCUCUCUCUCACACACACACACACACUGCACUGCUUAAGCUCAGUAUUAAUUAUUUAUUUUCUUUCUCCCAUCAUUUCAGACUACUAUUACAUCAUCAUCGACGAAGCAGUAUAAAUUAUAUCAAUAAUACAAACUUUUACCCCAACCGUAGUUCAGCUACGAUGCUAAUUUGGAGUGAAGUGAUUUUGGAAGAUGGUUCAGUUCUCAUUUAUAUUAGUCUAACUGUCUCUGUUCACUCCAGGAUGCUUUGCACUCUACACACUACUGACAGAACAGCUAUGGAUAAUUAACUGUCUGAAUCGAUUAAGUAAUUAAACCUGAAUAGAGAAAUGGAAAUGUCUCUCUCUCUCUUUAAUGAAUCUAUAGGAUGAAUGAUCUUGUCCUAAAUCACACCCAGUGAGUGGGAGUCACAGUAUUGUGUUCACACCAUCAGGAGUGUGUAACAACCAGGAGAUAAGGAGGAGCAGGAACACAAACGUGCACAAAUACACAUUCUUAACGAACCUACCAAUCAAAUAUAGUUGUAAAAUAUUUUAAUUACUGAGAUAAGGCAUCUUCUUAAUAAAGUUGUAUGUACAUGUAUGUAUUUUUUAUUAUGUAUUUGAUUGUGUAGCUCACGGGGUUGAAAGCAGAAUUGUGGGACCUCCAUGAUGCAGUAAUAAAACUGGCCUGUAGAUGGCGUCAUGGAGCUCAGACCCUGAUGAGCUGCACUGCAUUAAUAUAACAUUCAGCUGAUCAGCAGAGAAAAUCUAUACAUUUAUUUAUUUAAGGAAGGUGACCUUCUGAAUAAGGAGUUUUUCUGUCGUGGAAAAUUGAGAAUGUUUGGAGUUCAUUCAUGUGAAAAAUAAAUAAAUAAAUAAGA